GCGAAGGAGGGAAACUUCCGUUCCCGACACGCCAGCACGUCCAUUGUACAACGCGAUCAUUACGAUUUCAACGGCACGUUUGUUUCCAAGCGCUCAAAAAGUUGUUUCGCCCGUCGAGUUUGAUCUUUAGCCACCUCGGCGUCGUUGGAGAUUGCUGUCAUACGCGACUCGCGGCCCGUUUCUCGGGAAUCUCCAGUCCACCUUGCGCUUGUGCUAACUAGCCGGAGCUAGCCGCACGUUAGCCGGCCGCGGUUGGCUUGGUCGAGACGGGAGCAUGUUUCCAACUUGCGUCGGAGGAAUUCGACUUUAAAACGCACAUAUUUGGGGAAAGUAGCCCGAAUAGCAAAUUACCUCACCGGACGCGCACUUUCGAAAGGAUGAAUGGCUUCAGCACCGAGGAGGACAGCCACGACGGGCCGCCCGCGCCGCCCCUCUACGGCCAGAGCUGCUGCCUGAUCGAGGACGGCGAGCGCUGCGGCCGCUCCGCCGGCAACGCCUCCUUCAGCAAGCGCAUCCAGAAGAGCAUUUCGCAAAAGAAGCUCAAGCUGGACAUCGACAAAAGCGUGCGCCACUUGUACAUCUGUGACUUCCACAAGAAUUUCAUCCAGAGCGUGCGCAACAAGAGGAAGAGGAAGACGAGCGACGACGGCGGCGAGUCCCCGGAUCACGACGUGGAGGUGCCAGAGGUGGAUCUGUUCCAGCUGCAGGUGAACACGUUGCGGCGCUACAAGCGACACUACAAGCUGCAGACCAGGCCCGGCCUCAACAAGGCCCAGCUGGCCGAGACGGUGAGUCGUCACUUCAGGAACAUUCCGGUGAACGAGAAGGAAACGCUGACCUACUUUAUUUACAUGGUGAAGAGCAGCAAGAGCCGCUUGGACCAGAAGGGCGACGGCGGUGGCAAACCGCUGGACUAAAAAGAAAAAAUCCCCCCAAAAAACGCGACCAACCAACAUGACAAGAUAGCGUCAAACAACCAAAAACUGGAUCCUCCCACAACCGCCAUUUGGUCUCCUUGGAUGACAUUUUUUGACACUGUUGCUACCAUCCGUGUAUCAUCCUUUCCUUGUCCCAAGCAUUUGCGACUCGAGUGCCAGGACUCACUUGGACUUUGCCUACCGUCCUUCGACUGUUACCGUGUCUUCUGGGACAAAUGUGGGAAAACCUGACAGAAAAAGACUCACUCUUCAGCCGACAGAAUGACUCCUUUAAACUCGUCGGGAAAGCCACCGUGACGUUCUUUUAAAAAUGUCCUCGGUUUGGACCUUAAGGAACCCAGACAGGACUGUUGACAUUUUGCAUGUGGUCUUUUCCCCACCGAGAUGCACACCGUAUAUUGAGAUUGUUAGUGCUAAUUGUUAGCACUGACACGCUGAAAGCCCUUGGCCCAGUGUUUAAAUAAAUCCCUGUACAGAAAUGUUUAUUGCUAAUUGUUAGCAAUGACAUGCUAAAAGCUCUUAGCCCAGCGUUUAACUCUCUUGCAAUGUUGCGGGUCAAAUUGACCCAUUGUAGUUGCACAUUUUGGGGAUCUACCCACCCCCCCCCCCCCCCCUCCCUCCAUUUCGGCCACUUUUUGAGUAAUGUGUCAAAUUGACCCAAAUUGAAUGUGACAGGAGAGUUCAAACAAAACAGUGUACAAAGGUUGUUGGCACUUAAACGCUAAAAGCUCUUGGUCUAGUGUUUAACCCUCCUGUUAUGUUGUGGGUCAAAUUGACCCAUGGUAAAAUGUCUUCUUUGAAAAAUGGUAAGUGUAGUGUCUUAACUACAUAUAUUUUUUCUUCCUCCGUUUCUGACACUAACUGGGUCAAAUUGACCCAGGAACACUGCUUCUGUUCCAGAGAAACCAAUGUUACAAGAGGGUUAAAUAAAGCCCUGUUUGGGGGUGUCAAACUCAUUUUUGGCACGGGCCACAUCGUAGUUAAGGUUUCCCACCGAAGACCGUUGGUUAUGACCGAAACCAUAUCCUGUAAAUCUAUAUUCACCUCAUGUUACAAAUAUUUAACAAAUUGAAAUUAACUAGUUUUAAAAUCAGAAGCUAAUAAAAACUAUUCAGUUGUUAUUUUAAAAUGGGAACUGGUAUCAAAAAAUGCUUGCAAUUCUCAAUAUAGAUAAUUGUGAAAACAAUUUGCAAUCUCGGUAUUUUAGCAAGAAACAUGAUUUGCUUUCGCGAGCCACUUUAAAUGAUACGGCAGGCCGGAUCUGGCCGGAUCUUGAGUUUGACCCCUGUGCUGCACAUGAAGCUCUUGACCCAGUGUGUAAAUAAACCCUUUAACCAGCAGAGGGCGCUACAUAGCUAAUGGCUAUAAUUCACACCUGAUUUUAUUUAUUUUUUUUCUUUUAAUUAAUUUCUGACACUUUUUGGAUAACGGGUCAAAUUACCAAACAUAAUGGGAGGGUUGAAUAGAACUGUGAUGACUGUUCAUCAGCAAAUGGCGCCAAGAUGCUACGUUAUUGUUUGACAUGAUGAUAUCUUGGCUAGUUGAGGCUAACAGCUAGCAUCCUGCUAGCUCCCCCUUUAAGUUGCUCUUUUCUUUUGUGUUAGUUUUUAAAUUGUCAAAACUCAAGCGGCCCGUUCUUUAUCGCUCUAAACGCUAAAUCCAACACUUGUGUGUUUUUCACCGCAUGGCUCCUUGUACACACUUUUUAAGGGCUUUUAUUUGGGAUUGUUGUUCCCCCCCCACGUUUUCAGUUUUGCUGGUAAGUUUUGUUAGCGUCACGUAGGUAAUAACCAGCCGUCUUUAUUCACACGUUGGACACAAGGGCCACAUUAACCUAUAACCGUCGCAUUAGGAAUGACGCGUAUUUAAAUAUGGCUGCCUACUGCUCCUAAUGAUGACAAUAAAUGUACAGGCCUGCA